AUGGCCGUGAGCGAGCUCAACGAGCGCAAGUAUCGCCGCGUUCUCGAUAACCUUGAGCGCCUUGUUGUUCAACGUCUCUUCGAGCUUACGAAGCUGGGCAUGAGCGGAAUUGGAUACAAGAUGCGCGAGAAGAUAGGCAAAGCGUUGAAGGCCCGCGCCGAAGCUAUCCGGAAGGCUCUCUCGGAGUACAACCGUGUUGCUGCUCGUCUCAACCCUCCGCAUCCCAAGCUUACUUGGCACGAGCUCAUGGAGAUGGCCACUCUGUCAGAAUUCGACUUGCUGCGCGAUGCUCGCCAAGACAUCCGUCGACUGCCUUGGGCACAGCAUACAAAUCGCAAGGCGAUGGCCGCCUACUUCAAUGUCAAGCGUGCUCGCAAGGAGAUCCGCUGGUGCAACGUCGAGAGUUCACGUCUCUUUACCAGUAUGGUCGACGAGCAUGUCGACUUCGUUCGCGUGAUCGAGAAGACUCGCCUCGUCGAUGGCGACCUCGCGCAAGAGCUGUCGAGGCGGCACGCGUACCGCGAUCGUAUCAACAGCAACAUUGUCGUUAAACUGCACCAGAUGUCGAAACUGCCCGGGUUUUCUGGUAAGCUAUUCCAUGGCCAACGAGUUGGUCGCGAUCUCGCAGGUUUGGACAGUGUCUCACUCCCGUCCUGGGUUAAAUACACGGAGCGGAGCCCACUCCAGUGGUAG